AUGUCUGAUGGAAAUACAGAGUUGGAGCCUGGUGUUGUCAUUAUUCCGGGGCCACCUACUAUUAUAGUACAAAGGCGCAGCCCCCUUCUCCUCAACUGUUCCGCCUUUUCAAGUACUGGAUUUGGACAAACUACGUACAGAUGGACAAGGAAUAAGGUUGCAGUCACCUUGAACAAACGGAUCCAGUUGAUCGAAAAUGGAUCACUGUAUUUCCAACAUUUGAAGCGUCGAAAACGUCCCAGUCGGAGCGAUGAGGGACUUUAUGAAUGUUUUCUCAACAACAUUAAAGGUGUAGUCAUCGGGCGUCAAGUGUUCGUCAAAGUGGCAAGAAAUACAGAGUUGGAGCCUGGUGUUGUCAUUAUUCCAGGGCCACCUACUAUUAUAGUACAAAGGCGCAGCCCCCUUCUCCUCAACUGUUCCGCCUUUUCAAGUACUGGAUUUGGACAAACUACGUACAGAUGGACAAGGAAUAAGGUUGCAGUCACCUUGAACAAACGGAUCCAGUUGAUCGAAAAUGGAUCACUGUAUUUCCAACAUUUGAAGCGUCGAAAACGUCCCAGUCGGAGCGAUGAGGGACUUUAUGAAUGUUUUCUCAACAACAUUAAAGGUGUAGUCAUCGGGCGUCAAGUGUUCGUCAAAGUGGCAAGAAUUGCCAGUAAGUUUACCAAGAUGCCCGUGGACCAGACGACCGUUGUUGGGGGUGUGGCCCGAUUUGAAUGUAAGAUUGAAGCCACGCCCCCUCCAGUGUUUAUAUGGGAGAAAGACGAUGCCAGUCUACCAAUCAACAACAGAACCACCACUCUGGCUUCAGGAGUUUUACAAAUACAUAAUGUCCUCGCCGAGGAUGCGGGGACCUAUCACUGUUCAGCGCAGCACAGCUUCAAGGACAUAGCAAAUCUGCAUGAAACUGUGACGUCCAUGUCUCGGCGUCGUAGUGAGGCGGGCGUUCUCACUGUCACUAAAGGUAGGAUAUACACAGUGACGUCCAUGUCUCGGCGUCGUAGUGAAGCGGGCGUUCUCACUCACUAA